AUGGCAUCACCUACUCGUCGAUAUAAGUCGAGACCCGCACCUCCGUGUCCGGCCCCACAAAUCCCGGGCUCCGACCCACUCAACUCAACGACGCCCGAUGGUCAGUCGGCCUCGAACACGGAGCUCCUCACAAAGUUUUCCGAACACGCGAGUUUGGAACGCAAACCCUAUACAGACGUCCAUGUUGGCUUGACUUCUCCCACUGCUCGAAAGCCAUCAUUCAUGGAGCUGCCAGCCGAGAUCCAUCUCCUCAUUACCGAACAACUCAUUUACCCCGAUGCCCUAUCCAUGAAACACGUCAACAGAUACUUCUACAAUCUCGUGGACACCGGUGUGCGUAAGAAGGUCGAGUGGCUUGUCCAGUGUCACUUCUUAUGCAGCGUUGGAGAGAGCACAAUGAAUGUGAAGCCCGCCCCGGCCUUGGGUGUCUGGUAUACAGCACCUCAACAAUCUUCCCCCACUUUGGUUUCUGCUGGUUCAACCACAAGAAUAUCUUGCGCAGGUUCUGCGCUGGCAUCAAGUAUGUUUAAGUCUAGAAAAGAAAAGGAUGAUCCUGAUAUACAGGCGGCACCAAGGGGUGGCAGCUGCUUGCUUCGCUAUAACAGUUCAGAAUCAUCACAGCACUGCACUGCGGUACAGUUACUGGUUUUUGAAAUUUCUCUCUCUUCUCUAUUCGACCAUUAA